AUGAAUUCUGAGAUUUACAAGCCAUCUGAAACGGCCAUAAUCGUGGUCGACAUUCAAACUCCUUUUUAUUCCGGCUUUCCUGGAAUUCCCGAAACAAAUCCAAGCUUUCCAAAUUCAAUAAGAAGCUUUCUAUCCGCUGCUAGAGAAAAAGGGUUCAGAAUUUGCCACGUGAAUCAAGAAUCAUUGUCCGGAAAAGACAAGUGGCUUGAAACUUGGUAUCGAAAGAACGGCAGGGAUUGGAGCUGCGAAAUUUUAUCAGGAAAUGUGGAAGAUUUUGCCGCGCCAGUUCCAGGAGAGCCGCUUUUUGUGAAACAUGCUUUUGAUGGAUUUACUUGCCCUCAGCUCACGGCAUAUCUAGAGCGCCAUGAAAUCAAAUCAGUAAUCGUUGUUGGUCUUCUCGCCACCAUUUGCGUCCAAUAUACCGCCAUUUCUGCCUACAUGAGAGGAUACCCAACGGCGAUAAUCGAAGAGUGUGUUGGCGAUAUCAACGAAGAAAGAUACGAUGGCUUCAAAAAGAUCACUUCCAACCUGUUUGAUUUUGUCAAACUUGACGAGUUUCUCUCCGCUUAG